CCCGCUCUGUCUGCAUCCGCUCCUCUGCGCCCAUCCGCUUCUCCCGCUCUGCUCCUCCGGUCUCGCCCGAUCACAUCGCCAACAUGUCCAACACUGCCGAGAAGGAGCCCCCGAAGAUGGACCAGGUCAAGUCCUUCAUCGCCGGCGGCAUGGCCGGUGUCUUCAGCGUCCUCGCUGGCCACCCUUUCGAUACCCUCAAGGUCCGCCUGCAGACCAGCACGCAGUACAAGGGCCUGGCGGAUUGCUUCAAGCAGACCAUCGUGAAGGAAGGGCCUCUCGGACUCUACAAGGGCAUGAUGUCGCCUCUCGUUGGCGUCACGCCGAUGUUUGCCCUGAGUUUUUGGGCUUACGAAGUUGGUCAGCAGCUCGUCUACGCCGCCACCCCCAACCGCAAGUCCAAGGAUCUCACCCUGACCGAGUUCGCCAUCGCCGGCGCCUUCUCGGCCAUCCCCACCACCAUCGUCACCACCCCGAUGGAGCGCAUCAAGGUUAUCAUGCAGACCCAGGACGCCAACCCCAACGGCACCAAAUACAAGGGCAUGGUCGAUGCCGGCGUUGGUGUCUUCCGCGAGGGCGGUCUCAAGGGCCUCUACCGCGGCACGAUCGCUACCCUGGCCAGAGACAUCCCCGGCAGCGCUGCCUACUUUGUUGCCUAUGAGGCCGUUUACCGCGCCCUCAAGCCCAAGAACAACGAGGCCAUGUCGAUGGGCGCGGUCAUGUUCGCCGGUGGCAUGGCUGGUGUGGCCAUGUGGUCGAUUGCCAUCCCUCCCGAUGUCAUCAAGUCGCGCAUUCAGGCCGCCCCUCCCGGUACCUACAAAGGCUUCAUGGACUGCGCUACCAAGAUGAUUGCCACGGAGGGUCCUAGCUCGCUCUUCAAGGGUCUUGGCCCCGCCCUGCUGCGUGCCUUCCCGGCUAACGCCGCCGGUUUCCUCGGCCGCGCUUUCGCCAUCGACAUCCUCCACCGCCUGUGGUAAACCGAUCCAGACCACUGGAGCCACGGCGCCUUCGUCGGCCGGCCCACUGAUGCUUCAGGAAGCGAGGGAAAUCUCGCUGACAGGAUCAAGCAAAGAACCGCCGUCGUUCCCAGCCCCACCCGGUCACCCAACCGCGCCAUCCAACCCCUGGAUGGCUCUUUGACGAUUUAGGACUCGAUUUUGCUGCCUCCAAGUUUGGCAC